AUGCGCCGGCCGCUGGAGCGCUCUCCAGCGGCUCUGCGGCUGAGCGGGGGAGGGAAGGGAGUCGCCGGGGCAGAGAUGGCUGGGGAGACUCCGCGCCCGACCCCCGGCAAGAGCCUCGCCGCCCCGCCGCCCGCCGCGCCGCCCCGCCGCCGCAGCUCCGAGCGAGUGGCUCUGAAGAAGGAGAUCGGGCUGGUCAGCGCCUGUGCCAUCAUCAUCGGUAACAUUAUUGGUUCUGGAAUCUUUAUUUCACCAAAAGGAGUUCUGGAACACUCUGGGUCAGUGGGACUAGCUCUUGUUGUUUGGGUGCUUGGAGGAGGGAUUGCUGUCCUUGGAUCUUUAUGUUAUGCUGAGCUAGGAGUUGCUAUCCCGAAAUCAGGAGGGGAUUAUUCCUAUGUCACCGAGAUUUUUGGUGGGUUAGCUGGUUUUUUGCUGCUAUGGAGUGCAGUGCUUAUCAUGUACCCUACCAGCCUGGCUGUUAUCGCAUUGACGUUUUCAAACUAUGUUCUACAACCGGUGUUCCCUAAUUGCAUCCCACCUUAUAAUGCCUCCAGGGUCCUCUCCACGGUGUGUUUAUUACUCCUGACUUGGGUGAACAGCUCCAGCGUUCGAUGGGCAACUCGCAUCCAGGAUAUAUUUACAGCAGGAAAACUGUUAGCCUUGGCCCUUAUCAUUACUAUGGGCUUCAUACAGAUCUUUAAAGGAAACUAUGAAGAACUGACACCAAGCAAUGCAUUCAAUUUUUGGAUGUCUCCAUCUGUGGGACAGUUAGCAUUAGCUUUUCUUCAAGGGUCAUUUGCAUUCAGUGGGUGGAACUUCUUGAAUUAUGUAACAGAAGAAUUAGUUGAUCCCCGCAGGAACCUACCUCGUGCCAUAUUCAUAUCCAUCCCAUUGGUGACAUUUGUGUAUACAUUCACCAAUAUUGCAUAUUUCACUGCCAUGUCACCUCAAGAGCUCUUGUCCUCCAAUGCUGUGGCAGUAACAUUUGGUGAAAAGUUACUGGGCUAUUUUUCCUGGGUUAUGCCAGUCUCAGUGGCCUUAUCUACAUUUGGAGGAAUAAAUGGAUACCUUUUUACCUCAUCAAGGUUAUGUUUUUCUGGAGCUCGUGAAGGUCACUUGCCCAGCUUGCUUGCUAUGAUUCACGUUAAACACUGCACCCCAAUCCCUGCCCUUCUAGUGUGUUGUUUGACCACUAUUAUCAUCAUGCUUGUUGGAGACACGUACACAUUAAUUAAUUAUGUAUCGUUUAUUAACUACCUCUGCUAUGGAGUGACAAUCAUAGGCCUGAUUGUGUUGCGCUGGAAGAAACCCAAAAUCUUCAGACCUAUCAAGGUGAAUCUCCUUGUUCCAGUCACUUACCUGCUAUUUUGGGCAUUUCUACUGAUCUUCAGUUUCUAUUCUGAGCCAGUCGUCUGUGGAAUUGGACUAAUUAUCAUAUUAACUGGAGUGCCCGUGUUUUUUCUCGGAGUGUACUGGAGAAAUAAACCAAAGUGUGUAAAUAGGCUAGCCGAAUCCAUGACAUACUGGGGACAGAAGUUGUGUUUCGUCGUCCACCCUCAGGAGGGAGCUCCAGAAGAGGAUGAUCUGCCUUUCACUCAUUCUCAGCUACCAGGAAGUGAAAAGUCCUUGAAGAAACAGUGAAAAGUCCUUGAAGAAAUAAUGAAGCAAUCGAUGAGACAGAAGUAGUUUUUUGUUUACAUGUUGAUUUUUGCAAAAAGUUUUUCUUGAAAACAAAAAAUAUGUUGUUAGAAAUUGGAUACAAAAGCCCAUGAAAUGAGCAACACCUUUACAACAGUCCUUAGCUCUUAGCUUUUCCUAAAAAAAUAAAAUAAGGAGCUGGUUAUUUAUUUCUGACAGUGUAUUUCAGUCAGCAAGGAAGUUUAGUGCACAUACAGUAAGCUAAGUUCUUCAUCACCAAUUCUAGCAGCCUUAGGGUUGUACUGCAAAGCAGAUUAAUCUGGAAAUUUCAAUAGUGAAAAUAAAAUGGGGAAAGUCAGUGGAAUAGGGGACGCCUGUGGUCCUACUCAUGCUCCCACUGGAGUCAGUGACAAAACUCAAAUUGAUUUCACUGGCACAGGGUCAGACCCCACAUGACCCAAGUAGUUUUCAAAUUACAAUCUAAAAAACUCAAUUGUGCAAACACUUCUGCAAUGAAUAACUUUACCCCUAAGAGCAAAGUUACACCCAAGCCUAUGUAUUUGCAAGUUUGGGUAUUAAAAUUGUGACCAUUGUUAGAGCGAACAGUAAGGGUCUGUCUACACAGUACAGGAAAACGCACUGCUGCGGUUCGUGGGCUCGGCUCAGGUUUGUGGGGCUGUGUCACUGCUGGGUAGACUUCCAGGCUCAGGCUGGAGCCUGGACUCUGACACCGUACAUGUGGGAAGGUCCCAGAGCUCAGGCUCCAACCCGAGCCCAGUAGUCUACACAACAAUGAAACAGCCCUGCAGCCUGAACCCUGCGGGACUGAGUCAGCUGGCAUGGGCCGGCCGCAGGUUUUUCUUUGCUGUGUAGACAUACCUUAAGAUCUUAUCCAGGGUAUUUACAUAGAAUACAUUAGAGCUGAAUGUAUAACUUCUGCACUGUAUAUGAUCAUUUUUGUCAUCAUUCAAUUAUGUAAAGAAACCAUAGAAAUUGUGAUAUGAUCUAAAGUAACUUCAGUCUUCAAGCAGUUUUGCAAACAAGGAGUUGGAGUUUGUAUUAUGAAAUCUGAACAGCUGUUAUUACAAUAACCAGAAAAAAAGGUGGGUGAGGUAAUAUCUUUUAUCUGACCAACUUCUUCUGGUGAAAGAGACAAGCUUUCAGAUUUUAAAAAAUGUAUUUAAACUGAUUUUAAACUUGGUUAGUCACUUCUUAUAGCAUAUACUUUUUCUUCAAACAGGAAUUGCAAGCAAUAUUUGUAUAAAACAAAAACACCAGCCUCAAGUACCACAAUCUUUAUGUCUGUACAUUUGAUGUGCUACUUUAACAAACAAAUGCCAAUAGAGCAAUUAUUGGCUAAUCAUUGGUGCUUCUAGGACAGGCCGUCUAUCUAAGGCCUCCUCUACAUGGGAAAGUUUCAGUAUAACCUAAGGUGUGAAUUUAAAAGUGACAGUUAUACAAGAACCUCCUCCCCACCCUAUGGACACUUAUAGGAAGGACCCUACCAAAUUCAUGAUCCAUUUUGGUCAAUUUCACAGUCGUAUGAUUUCAAAAAUCAUAAAUUUCAUGAUUUCAGCUAUUUAGAUCUGAAAUUUCAUGGUGUUGUAAUUGUAGGCAU